AUGUAAGAAAAAGAUUUAGAAACAUUAAUAUUAUCAGAAUUAAAUACUAAUAACACAAUUCUAAACUCUAAAGCCUUUUCUGACCUUUAAAAUAUACCUCACUAAGAAAUCAUAGGUAUAUUGACAUCUUUGUCAUCUGAAGAAUAUGUUGUUUUAAUCAACCAAGAAUAAAAAUAAUGGGUUUUAUCAUCCGAAGGAGAAGAAAAUGUAUCUUUAGGUACUCCUGAAUUCCGCUUAUAUUAAGGAAUACCCGAUUAAGGUAUUAAUAAGGACGAAUUAGGUAAAAAUUUUGAUAAGAAUGUAUUUAAAUUCGGUUUUUAAAAUGGUAUGAAAAAAAAAUGGUUUUUAAUUUAAGAUGGUCUAGUAAAGAAAUUAACUUAAAACGUUAUAGACGAAGAUUCGAUUUUGUUAAAAAAAAUAAAAGGUAAUACAGAUCUUGAAACUAUACCAAAAGAAGUACUAGAUAAUUUAAAAAAAAGAAAAAUUAUUUCAUUGGAAAUUAUAAAAUACUUUGAAGUAAAAAAAGGUAUUAAUUUUUAAUUAAAAAGAGAAAAAAAAGAAACUGAUUUAACUUACGAAAUGAUAAAAAAUAAUGAUUUCGAUAAAAAAUAGUUCAAACCACAUAAUUGGCAUUCUAUGGGAUAAAUAAUUGAAACUGGAAAUCUACAUCCAUUAAUGAAAGUUCGUAAAUAAUUCCGUGAAGUUCUCUUAGAAAUGGGUUUCGAAGAAAUGCCCACAAAUUAAUUUGUUGAAAGUUCUUUCUGGAAUUUCGACGCCUUAUUUUAGCCUUAAUAACAUCCUGCAAGAGAUGCUCAUGAUACUUUUUUUAUUAGAGAUCCAUCAAAAGCUCAAAAUAGAGAUUAAGAAUAUUGGGAAAAAGUAAAAAAGGUACAUGAAAAUGGAGGAUACGGAUCUAUAGGCUAUAGAUACAAUUGGAGCUAUGAUGAGGCUAAAAAGAAUAUUUUUAGAACACACACUACAACUGUCUCUUCUAAAAUGUUAAGAGAAAUAGCUAAAUAAAAAGAAUUUAAGCCAAGAAAAUUUUUCUCCAUUGAUAGAGUUUUUAGAAAUGAGUCUUUAGAUGCUACACAUUUAGCUGAAUUUCACUAAAUAGAAGGUGUUAUUGCCGAUAGAAAUGUUGGUUUAGGUGAAUUAUUAGCUGUGAUCAAGGAGUUUUUCACUAAAAUAGGAAUCCGAUCGCUAAAGUUUAAGCCCACUUAUAAUCCUUAUACUGAACCUUCUAUGGAAAUACAUGGAUAUCAUCCAAUUCUUAAAAAAUAUAUUGAGCUAGGAAAUAGUGGAGUCUUUAGACCUGAAAUGUUAAGACCUAUGGGACUUCCAGAAGAUGUUUAAGUACUUGGAUGGGGUUUAGGACUUGAAAGACCUACUAUGAUUUAAUAUUCAUUUGAAAAUAUUAGAGAUUUACUCGGUUAUGGAGUCGAUAUGAAACUUUUGAAAGAAAAUCCUAUUUGUUGUUUUAGAGACUGA